AUGUCGGCCGCCUGGAAGCUUGCCCUAGUAGUUGUAAUAACGCUUGCAGCGACAAGCGCUGCUGAUUCUGGGGAUGACUUCUCUAAUAAUUUGUUUUCCGACCUAGCGCCACUGCUAGCUCUUUUCGGAGAACGGGUCACUAUGCAAUUCAUGAGCCAGUCGACUGGUUGGGCUGAUAGUAUUAUUUUGGCAAUGGCUCCGUUAGGGAUCAUUACUAUUAUUGCUAGUGCUAUUAGAGUUGGUGGUCCUUCAUGGCUCAAAGCUAUUAUUGGAAGAGCGAGGGAGAACCUUGCGGUUGCUGAAGCGGAAUUAAUGUCAUCUACUUCUCAUGAGGUCUGUGAGCUGUGGAAUGGCCGAGAGGUGGUGAGAUGCAUGGGGUCACCGUCGACGGCCGAAUUCAUAUGCCUAAGACCUGCGAACAUGAAGUGCACUGAAAAUGGUGCUAAUCAGGUUCCGGAUAUACUCGAACUGAAGGACGCACUUGAUAAACAGUAUCUGAAGGAGCUACCAUCGAAUGACGGGGCUAGUUUUUGGGAGACUAUAUUGCAUAGUAUCGGUUGCAACCGCGAGUCGGCCAGCUCGAAGGUAGAGAAAGGGGCAAAUUCACAGACAUCCGUUACCAUACCGGUUCCUAAGCUUACCAUUGUUUGGAAUCAAGCUAUUGAUGCGCCAAAUAUCUCUCUUAAUUCCCAUGGCUACUUUAGCCGUAGGGAAUUACGCGCUGUGGCCGUCUUUGGGACGAUCCUUCAGCUAGGUGUCCUGACCUAUUUUGGAUUUGCCACCUACCAUCCGGCGCUAAAGUUUACCAAGGGCGACGAUGCAGUUGCAAAUUAUGCGUUUCCUUGCACUGCUACUGGCAUAAUUACAUUGGUGGCUGGCCUACUAUUGUGUGCGCAUGUUGUGGAGAGCAGCACCGAAGAGAAAAGAUAUCAGCCGUCCAAAGAGACAAAAGCUCGGUUGGUAUGGCUACAACAGGCCCAAACUGUUGGCGACCAGUCUUUCCAGUCUUUUGCAUUAUCGGCUGGGGACGAUCAGACUCUUAUUACUACGUCCUGCCGGGUGAACAAAAAAAGCCAAGCUAUUCAUUUGGAGCUGAAAACUAUUGUUGGCACCGCGGUCAGCCUCUGCGGGUUUGUGGUGCAAUUUAUUGGCUUGCGUGGAAUGCAUUGGUCCGCCUCAGUUGCUCAACUCGGCGCAGUCAUCGCGAUGGCCGUUCUUAGGGCGUGGGUUCGUCGGGGACUCGCGCAGCCUCUUCAACGGGUCCGUCUGACUCCAGAACAUGAGCUUGAAUGGCUCGCGAUGGCACUAGGAGAUUUUGAUGGAAUACCCUGGCAACCUGAUCGAAAUCCUAAGGAAUACAGAGAACAAGGACAGACGGCCCGAGCAGGUUUCAACUCGAUGAAGAAUAGCGGAUGCAACCCAACAACACAUAAUGUGAUGGUAACGAGGAGAACACUUUGUGGGCUCACUGGCUGGCAGGGGCCAGCAUCCGCAGAGGCUCUGACCCUUGCACGGGCGAUCAAGAUCACAAUGGAUGCUCUAUCUAGUUAUCUUCAUCCUGAAAGUGACUUCACCUGGUCCCUUGGAGCCCUUUCAGCAGGGCACGAGGACAAGCCACCCAAGUUUUGUUGGACGCGAGACGUAACCGUAGACACAAUUCGGAAGGACAUCGAAGCAGUGCUAUCUUUACGGUUAUAUUACGUCUACUCGCAAAAGCGACAAUCUGAAGAUCAGCCAAAAUCUGCCCAAACACAGCGUCGCAAGUAUAAUGCCCGGUUGCACGCUACAGAGAUGCCUGCAGAGCGAGGUUUGCGCCUUCUAGGUCCAGGGACGCGGGCCCUUCGGCGGGAUCUCGCAUGGUGGAUGCCUCCUGAUACAGCAAGAAUCUUGGAAAUUAAAGAAGAUGAGAACGGUACGAUGAAGGUUGAAAACCAUAGAAUUGUUGGCUAUGGUGGGCAGCAGAGUAUUCGUGUAGCUCGGUACGAUGGCACGGAAGCCAGCCUUAGCCCGGACGAUACAUAUCAUUGCAAAAUUGACGAGAGUGCGCUCUUGGCGUCGGAGACGUAUGACUCCUUAGAGCUACUCUACGCGCAAGACAUGUUCACGGAAUUCAUGCAAUCUGUGGCAGAGAAAAUGGCGCGCGCCAUCGAGGGCGGUUCUAACGUGCGACCUAAAGACUCUAGCAACAUGGAUGCCUGGAAAUGCUUCACACUUCAUAACGAUCGGCUGUCAAAAAUGGCCCAGGAUAUCCAUAAUUGUGGACUUGGCAAUAUUCAUCAGACCUAUCUAAGCAUUAUUCAACCCCUAAGCACCGAACAGAAGCUUCCCGAACCCGAUAACGUUAUUGCACUGGCGCGGAAACAUGCCAAGCCACACGAACGACUCCAGGAUUUUGCAGAGGCUAGCAACAUAUAUUUGUGGCUCUUUAGAACGGCAAAUACAUUUCCAAGGAAGAGUAGCAUCUUUGUAAAAGCUACAGCCAUAUUAAUGGAGAAUUUAAGGAUGGUCACCCUCACUUCUAAAUUAAGGGAGGCCCAAUGUUACCCGGAAACGAAACUCUAUCUGAUUAGAGCGGCUAAGUCGAACAUGGAAAAUGAGUUGAAAAGAGUUGAUCGGACAUUACUAUCAGGCCUCAUGAGCUUGUACAAAAAACAGAGUCGCCAAUGGGAAUGCGAUAUUUUACAGGAUGCUGAGCCUACGAUAGAGGGACACACCAGUCACCCAGAAACGUUCAAUUGCACGCCGUUACAUCAAAUGUGUCAGGAGGAUAGAGAUCAUAUUUUAAGUCGGGAGUUGGCAGUUCGAUACCUAGAUCGAAAAGACAUUCACGGGUGUACGCCCCUCCAUUACGCUGCAGUCAAAGGUUCUUUGGAUGAUACCAGCUCUUUGUUGGAGUUUCAUCCGGAUGUUGAUGCGCGAGAUCUCCUCGACUGGACCCCAUUACACUACGCCUGUAAUGCUUGUAGUCAUUCCAGAGUUGUGCAGUAUCUCCUUGACGAGGGGCGACCACAAGUGAACGCCCAAGGCUUAGAUGGAGUAGCUCCGCUGCACUUGGCCGCAAUGAAUGGAAGUAUUGAAACGGUGCAACUACUUAUUCGGGCAGGAGCAGCUCUUGAUAUCCAGGACGCUUCGGGAAAUACGGCGCUACACUGGGCCGCAUUCAAGGGCCACGAAGCCAUCGUCAAAUAUCUGUACGAAGACUCAAAUAAAAAGCUGCGAGAUAGAUAG